UUGAAAUGGCUCAACAAACCUCAGCUUCUAGAAACGUUAGUAAAGUUUUCCUUGUUGGAGCAGCAGGCUUUUUAUCGGCAGCGUCAAUAUUCAUGCUCGCUGGUGGUGCUGCGUGGCUGGAUGGUACCACUUACCAACCUAUUCCUCACAUUGGUUUUCAGAAUUCCAGACAGUACUCGCUUUGUACUCAAACUCAGGACAAACACAUGACAACUGAAGACACUCCAAGCGGUGUGAAGAUUAUCAUCUUAGCGUCGAUGAGAACUGGAUCUUCCUUCGUUGGUCAAAUGUUCGGCCAAAACAGUGAUAUUUUCUACCUAUUUGAACCCGGCACAUUCCUUCAAGCUGCCCUCCGCCAACGAGGUGAUAUAUUCUCGCAGUCGCUUUACAUUGAUAUGUUGGACAGCCUUUAUCGGUGUAACUUGACUGGCUAUGAAUAUUUUUCAAAAUGGUUGUCGACGCUGGUCCCGGCAAGUUUGUUACAGAAAGCCCCGGAUAUGUACAAACUGCUUUGCUCCGAGCCAGAUAUUUCGUCUAAAAAAAAGGUACAGUGUGGGAAAACGACACCUCAACAUUUCAUGCAAACAUGUAUGGAUUUGAAGAAAGUUGCGAUCAAAUCAAUUCGUAUCUCUGAUAUUGGAAGUCUGUUACCGUUGAUCAAAGACAAGACGAUCAAUCUGAAAGUGAUUCAUCUCGUUCGUGAUCCGAGAGGGAUGAUCGCUUCUCGUGUGCUUGCCUUGAACGAAGGUAAGAAAACGGCGGACAAAUUGGAAACAUUUACGGACGACACAAAGGCAUCACUUAUCAAUUACUGUCGGAACAAUUUGCACAACACGGACGUGGGGACCAACAUGCCCAAAUUCCGAGACAACUAUUUACUCCUGAGGUACGAGGAUGUCUCUUUGGAUCCACACGAAGCGGCUCGACGCAUCUAUAAUUUCACCGGUCUUGGUGCUGUUCCUGGGAACGUGUCCAGGUGGAUUCAAGAACACACGAGUGCUCACGUAGCCGGGACUUACUCCACCUCACGAGUGUCAAGUCAAGUCUACCAAUCUUGGCGCUCUAGAAUCAGUUUCCCAACUGUUAAAACCAUUGAGGAAGUUGGAACCUGUUCUCAAAUGAUGCAAAGAUUUGGCUAUCUCCCAGCUAAAGAUCAAGAACAUCUGACUAAUAUAAAAAUCUCCAUUUUAUCUGACAAUGUGCCGGAUCAUGUCAAACGGGAUAUAUACGCCUAUGACAAACCAUACUGACUGGGUUAAAGUUUAGAGAAAUUUCUUUGAGGUUUGGGCUACACGUUUUAAAGGGUUCUAUUCCUCGUUUAGUUUUGAUCAUUAUCAGUUUUGAAAAUGUUAUACACGUGUGUUAUUUGAGGAGGCAGUUGGCAAACUUGUGUUUUAUUUGACUUUGUUGGAGCCAACUCCUCCACUUCCAGGAUAAGUGGAUGAAAUAUUAUACAAAGGAGCAAAAUUCCACCACUAAAAU